UCCGUUAAUGACGACUGUUAAGUGAUGAUGUGGCUAACAGAAAAUCACAGUCAACAUAAUUUAACACUAAAAAACGACGAACCGACCCGCCACGUCACAUUUACCCGCCAUGUCAGCUUUUCUUGCCCAACCGGCGAACCAACCCAAUUAAUUGAUCCAAACCCAAAAACGGAACUCGCCCCCCUGAAAUGUAAAUCAAAACAGAGAGGGUAGGGCACUUUCCCUUCCUCCAUCGUUCUCUCAUCCUCCAGCGCAGCGUCUCUCCAGAAGCAGCCAUCGAAAUCGCCGAAGAAGGAGGAUGGAGGCUGCCGCGCAUCCUGGCAGAUACUAAUUCGUAGAGACCUACUCCAACUCAUAGAGCAACCCCAAUCAAGAAAAACAAAGACGAUGAGAAGUUGAAAGAAAACAUACCAGGGAGAUCCUAGGGCUCCGUCCGGUAGAUGUCAAUGACGGAAAUCGGGUCAAAUCAGACGGGCUUGUUAGUGACCUUUGCUUCAGGUAGUACCGGAGCAGUUCCUCAUCGGUGGGGUGGAACAGGAAACCAGGACCGAGAAAACUUGUCGAGUCGCCACGAGCCAUCUACCGAGUCGAAGCAAUUGGAGCAGACCAGGAGCGAAAUCGCGACGAAAAGCGUGUGUCUUGAGAAGAAAACUGAAUCGAUCACCGCGGCCGUCGAGAAAAGAAACAGAAAUUGACCCGCGGACCAAAUUAGGGCAAGGGGAAUCGACCGGAAAGCGGUUAUAUCAAACGUCUGCGGCGGUGGUUGUCGGUGGCGGAAGCGUGAACGAGGAUGAGAGGGAAGCAGCCAUUGUGUUGGUUCGGGUCUGGGUUUGGGUCAAUUAAUUGGGUUGGUUCGCAGGUUGGAAAAGAAUGGCUGAGUGGGUGGGUAAAUAUGACGUGACGGGUCGGGUCGUCGUUUUUUAGUGUUAAAAUAUUAUGACUGUGAUUUUCUGUUGGCCACGUCAUCACUUAACGGUCGUCAUUAACGGAGUCUAACGGAGGUUAACGAAGAGUGACCGAACUUGGACUGUUCAACUAAUUCGAGUGACUAUAAAGGAAUAAACCAAUUCGAGUGGCAAACAUGAAAUUUUAUAGCAAUUCGAGUGACCAAACUUGCAAUUAAGCCGUUUACAUAUAUUUAGACUCUUGUUGUAUGUUCUCUUAUGGAAUACCAAAGAGACACAUGAAGUAUGGAAUUAUCCUGUGAAAAAAUGUGGCAGAAAUGUUCAUGCAGUACCUAAAAUAAUUAUGUUUGGCAAAGUGACCUAAAAAGGUUAAAAUUAUGUAAAGGGUUAAUUGCAAUGUCGGUCACUGAGAUUAAUAAAAACGUUCAUAUUUGGUCACUACAAAUAUUUAAUUCCAUUCGUAGUCAUUAGAAUUAAUCAAACAACCCAAGUUUGGCCACUCUCCCUUACCUUCCGUCAACUUUCGUUAACGCCAUCAAUAUUUUGCUGACGUGGCUAACAGAAGUGCCUAAUAAGCUAACUAGAUUAGGCUCGGCUUCUUGGCCGGGAGAGUUUGAUUUUCAUGUGUAGUAAACAUUGAGGUAUAUUUUUUUUAUGGUUCAUGUUGUUGGGGAUUGAAGUAACUAUUUAAUUUGGUAAGUUCUCCAUGAAUAAUAUAGGAAAGUAUUUAAUUUAUUUGACUAAUGAAGUUUAAAAAAUGACAAACAACGUCUAACUACACUAACAUAAAUACAUAUUUUCAAACAAAGUCAUAUCUAUAUAAAAAUGUCUAAGAAGAACAAUGAUAAGAGUUGUUUUACAUCACACGUACAUAAUCAAUCUUCAGUAUACCAUAAAUUUUUUCGCAUUUUCCAUGGACUUUCGUGUAUUCAAUGAUAUAAUGAAACAAAGUAUAUGUUUAGAGUGUCCUUAAAAAGAAACAAACUAACUCACACAGUCAUGGUUCCAUUAACUUUAGUGUAUUCAAUGAUAUAAUGAAACAAAGCAUGCCGAUCUCCAGCUGGCAAGUUCAACUAAUAGAGCAACACAUAAAAAGCUAAAUCAAAGCGAAAAGAAGGCAAAAACUAAAAGCAACAUGCCUAACAUUUUGGGGGAAAUCCACAACAAUAAAAGUCAUUGUAUGAACACUUGAUAAUGAUUUGAACAUCGUGAAAUAUGAGUAGUGAAAGUUAAUAAAAGUCAUUGUAGCUCUUACUCAAAUUAGAAAGACUUUGAUUUAAUGGUAAGUAAACAAUGAUAUGUAGUGCUUAAGAGAGAAGAUGGGACCUUACAUUGUUUAUUAAUAUGCAUCUUAGUUUCAUAAAUUUUACAUCAUUAAAAAUUUAUGUGUCGAAUAAAAACCCAUCCAAGUUUGGAGCCAUUGUAAAAUGUAAGUUAUGAGGCAAAUGAAAAGAGUCAAGCAUCCACAUGCUUGAAAAAUAAAUCUAUAUUAUCAAACAUAAAUCAUAUCUUGCAUCAGAAAAAAGAACAAAAAAGUAGUAAUUCGAGAAUCAAUAUAGGAAUCAAUAUGGAUACAAUAUCUAACCAAGAGAAGAGGAAGCGAAAAAACACAAAUUGUUGUGUAUAGAUUCCGCUCACGAUAUUUCAAAGUGAAAAAUAUCAUAAAAUUAUUAACCAAUAAAAGGGAACGGUAAAG